UUCUCUGCUUGUGACGCAGCUUCUUUUCGCCAUCUGAAGGGAAUGUAACCGCAAUGUUGCAACGUUUUUAGAAACUUGGUUUCUUUAAGGACAUUAUUGGAUCUAAAUUCAGCAUCAUAUUCUACUGUGUGAUGUUAAGCAAGUACAUUUACUCAAGUACUGUGCUUUAGUCGUUUUCAGGUAGCUUUACUAUAAUUACAACCUUUAACUAUAGAAUGAGGACUUUUAGUGCUGAGACUUUACAUGAAGCUGACCAAAGUUUGUGUGUGUGUGAGCUGAUGGGAGUUCAACAGCAUGAAUCCAUCUGAGGACAGACAUGUGGGAGCCCCUCCUUCUAAGACCACUGUGUGUGGGGAACAUGACAGCCAGACCAAAGCUCAGAGCCCAGAGCAGCAGCUACACCUCCCCCCAGGACAUGGGUCUGAAUUUGAACCUGGACCCAGCUGUGUGUCCAUCAAGAGUGACGGCUCCAAUGAACGACACAUUGAUUUUAAGCGACAACAGCCCACAGCUGCAAAGGGGAUCGAUAAGAGACCAUCCUCUGCUGAACCUGAACCCAGCUGUGUGUCCAUCAAGAGUGACGGCUCCAAUGAACGACACAUUGAUUUUAAAGGACAACAACCCACUGCUGCAAAGAAGAGGAAGUUGGAAACACCAGAACCCAGCAGUGAGUCCAUGAGGAGUGUCAGAUAUAUGAAACGUCUUCUGUCCUUGAAAGAUGGACGUCACUCUGUAGAUCAAAGGAUCGAUAAGAGACCAUCCUCUGCUGAACCUGAACCCAGCUGUGUGUCCAUCAAGAGUGACGGCUCCAAUGAACGACACAUUGAUUUUAAGGGACAACAACCCACUGCUGCAAAGAAAGUCGACCAGCAGAGCUCAGAGGUUCCCAGUGGUCCAUCUGCCCUGCAGCAUCAGACCCAGCUGCACUCUAUAUUUCUGCUGCUCAAGGAGAACAUUGUGACUUUUGUGACGGACGAGCUGAAGAGGUUAGAGAAGGUUCUGAGUCCAGACAACUUACAGAGUCAGAGGGAGGAUGAGGAGGUGUUGGAGGAUGAGGAUGAAGAGCAGAGGAGGAGCAGCAGCAGACAAGCAUUUCUGAAGAUCACACAGCACUUCCUGAGGAGAAUGAAGCAGGAGGAGCUGGCUGACCUUCUCCAGAGCAAAAGCCAAUCUGGUGUUUGUCAGCUUGCACUUAAAUCUAACCUGCAGAAGAAGUUCAAGUGUUUCUUUGAGGGGAUCAGUAAAGCAGGAAGCCCAACCCCUCUUAAUGAGAUGUACACAGAGCUCUACAUCACAGAGGGGGGGACUGGAGGGGUCACUGAUGAACAUGAGGUCAGACAGCUUGAAAUAGCAUCCAGGAAACCAGACAGACCAGAAAGAACAAUCAGCCUAGAAGACAUCUUAAAACCCCCACGUGGGAGAAAUCGACCAAUCAGAACAGUGAUUACAAAGGGAGUGGCUGGCAUCGGGAAAACAGUCUUAACACAUAAGUUCACUCUGGACUGGGCUGAAGGCAAAACCAACCAGGACAUACAGUUCAUGUUUCCAUUUACUUUCAGAGAGCUGAAUGUGCUGAAAGAGAAAAAGUACAGCUUGGUGGAACUUAUUCAUCACUUCUUUACUGAAACCAAAGAAGCAGGAAUCUGCAGGUUUGAAGAGUUCCAGGUUUUGUUCAUCCUUCAAGGUCUGGAUGAGUUUCGACUUCCUCUGGACUUCUAUAACAAUGAGAUCCUGACUGAUGUUACAGAGUCCGCCUCCAUGGAUGUGCUGCUGACAAACCUCAUCAGGGGGAAACUGCUUCCCUCUGCCCGCCUCUGGAUAACCACACGACCUGCAGCAGCCAAUCAGAUCCCUCCUGAGUGUGUUGACAUGGUGACAGAGGUCAGAGGGUUCACUGACCCACAGAAGGAGGAGUACUUCAGGAAGAGAUUCAGAGAUGAAGCACAGGCCAACAGAAUCAUCUCCCACAUCAAGAGAUCACGAAGCCUCCACAUCAUGUGCCACAUCCCGGUCUUCUGCAGGAUCACUGCGGCAGUUCUGGAGAAUGUGUUGAAAACCAGAGAUAGAGGGGAGCUACCCAAGACCCUGACUGAGAUGUAUAUCCACUUCCUGGUGGUCCAGUUGAAACUGAAGAAUGUCAAGUAUGAUGGAGGUGCUGAGGCAGAUCCACACUGGAACCGAGAGAAUAAGAAGAUGAUUGUGUCUCUGGGAAAACUGGCUUUUGAGCAGCUGCAGAAAGGAAACCUGAUCUUCUAUGAAUCAGACCUGAGAGCGUGUGGCAUUGAUGCCAGAGAUGUUUCAGUGUACUCAGGAGGGUUGACACAGAUCUUUAAAGAGGAGAGAGGACUGUACCAGGACACAGUGUUCUGCUUUGUCCACGUGAGUUUUCAAGAGUUUCUGGCUGCUCUUCAUGUCCAUCUUAAAUUUGUCAACUCUGGUACCGAUCUGCUGUCAAAAAAACAUCCAGCCUACCACAAAGCUAAAGACACACAAUUCUACCAGAGUGCUGUGGACGAGGCCUUACAAAGUCCAAAUGGACACUUCGACUUGUUCCUCCGAUUCCUCCUGGGCCUUUCACUGCAAACCAAUGUGAUUCUCCUACAAGGCCUACUAACGCCAACAGGAAGUGACUCAGAAACCAAUCAGGUAAUUGAGUACAUCAAGAAGAAGAUCGAAGAGACUCCCUCUGCAGAGCAACGGAUCAGUCUGUUCCACUGUCUGAAUGAACUGAAUGAUCGUUCUCUCGUGGAGGAGAUCCAACAGUACCUGAGUUCAGGAAGUCUCUCCAGGUAUUAUCUCUCUCCUGCUCAGUGGUCAGCCCUGGUCUUUAUUUUACUAUCAUCAGAGGAAGAUCUGGACAUAUUUGACCUGAAGAAAUACUCAGCUUCAAAGGAGGCUCUUCUGAGGCUGCUGCCAGUGGUCAAAGCCUCCAAGAGAGCUCUACUAAGUGGCUGUAGUCUCUCAAAGAGAAGCUGUGAAGCUCUUUCCUCAGUUCUCAGCUCCCAGUCCUGUACUCUGAGAGAGUUGGACCUGAGCAACAACAACGUGAAGGAUUCAGGAGUGAUGCUGCUGUGCCCAUGGCCUGCUUCAGCCCAUUUUACUCUGGAAACUCUCAGACUGAGGGGCUGUAACCUCACAAAGAGAAGCUGUGAAGUUCUGUCCUCACUUCUCAGCUCCCAGUCCUCCAGUCUGAGAGAGCUGGACCUGAGCAACAACGACCUGCAGGAUUCAGGAGUGAAGCUGCUGUCUGCUGGACUGAAGAGUUCACAGUGUAGACUGAAAACACUCAGACUGAAGGGCUGUAACCUCACAGAGAGAAGCUGUGAAGUUCUGUCCUCACUUCUCAGCUCCCAGUCCUCCAGUCUGAGAGAGCUGGACCUGAGCAACAACGACCUGCAGGAUUCAGGAGUGAAGCUGCUGUCUGCUGGACUGAAGAGUUCACAGUGUGAACUGGAAACUCUCAGGUUGUCAGGGUGUCUGAUCACAGAGGAAGCUUGUGUUUCUCUGGCCUCAGCUCUGAGCUCCAACCCCUCCCAUCUGAAGGAGCUGGACCUGAGUUACAAUCAUCCAGGAGACUCAGGAGUGAAGCUGCUGUCUGCUGGACUGAAGGAUUCACAGUGGAGACUGGACACUCUCAGGGUGGAGCCUGCUGAAGUCCGAUGGUUGAGACCAGGUCUGAGGAAGUAUUCCUGUGAACUCACACUCGACACAAACACAGUAAACAGAAACCUCAAACUGUCCGACAACAACAGCAAGGUGACGUAUGUGGAGGAGGAUCAAUCAUACCCUGAUAAUCCAGACAGAUUUGACUCCUUGAGUCAGCUGCUGUGUACAAAUGGUCUGACUGGUCGCUGUUACUGGGAGGUCUGGUGGAGAGGAGGAGCUGUUAUAUCAGUGUCUUACAGAGGAAUCAGAAGGCGAGGAAAUGCUGCUGACUGCAGGUUUGGAGAGAAUGAUCAGUCCUGGAGUCUGAUCUGCUCUGAUGGUUCUUACACCGUCUGUCACUAUAACAGAAGAACGACCAUCUCCUCCACCUCCCCCUCUCUCUCUAAUAGAGUGGGAGUUUAUGUGGACUAUCCUGCUGGCACUCUGUCCUUCUACAAAGUCUCCUCUGACACACUGAUCCACCUUCACACCUUCGACUCCGCAUUCACUGAACCUCUUUAUCCUGGCUUGGGGUUUGGGUUGUGGUCUAAGAUUGGUUCCUCAGUGUCCCUGUGUUCUGUGUAGGAGGGAGGCUCCUCCUGUUAGAGAAACAUUCUCCCUGGUUAGAUUCUGAUGGGGGACCCGUCUAUCUGUCCCUAUGUUUCCACCUCCCACUCCAAAGCAAAAUGUCAUUAAAAAUCUUAAAAUAAAACUGAUCAUGUUCACAGAUCAGAUGGUGGAGCAGACACAGCUCAGCUCUGCUGUCAUGCCAUCAAAGAGGCCACUACUGCAGACUCAAGGAUCUGCUCUCCACAACAUGGAAACGAGUGUCUUUGUACGAUGGAGGAGCACGCAUACUCGAAUGCACAAAUGCUGAAGGUAAAAUAAAGAAAUGAUCUGUUAACUUAGAGUGAUCACUGAUUUUAAUGGCCUAUUAUUUAUCACUUUGUUAUUACGCGAGGCUCGCUCUGACAGCGUCGGCUCGC